GCGAAUGUCGCUGGCAACUCAUUAAACCUGCAUGUUUGACAACAUGAUUAGAAAUUUUAGGGUGAAGUUGACCAGUAAGGGGCUUGGAGCAGAGAGCGGGGCAGAUGCUGCUGAAGUACUGUGAAGGAAGGUUUACGUGGUCUGGUGUUUGCAAAAACUGUCCAGAGAGGAAUGUUCACAAAGAAUGGAAUAGGGUCAGUUCUGGAUUGUGGAGGAUGGAGAAAGGUUCUUCAGUAGUUCUGAUGUGAGCUGAUGUGGUCAUGAGAUAAAAUCCAAGCUAUUAAAGUUGUGACGUGGUAGAUACUGCCAGGAUCCCCAGAGCUGGCUAUUUUUAUCUUCUACGGAGAACUUUCGUUUUAGAGCUGAUGCUUAGAAAAGAGUCCUGAAAGGUAAUGACUUGCAGUGAUAGAAAGGAGACUGAAGCAGUGAUAGAGAGUAAAGACCUGUGUUUUGUCUGUGCUGAAACCGAGCUGUGAUAGCAAGGCGUCUGUAUGGAAAAAAUGGAGAUGUAAGCUGAGGCGUUAACUUGGUGAAACACAGCAGAUGUGAAGUUGAAGGAAAUUUGGAGAGCGACCUCAACCGAAACGGCUCACCAGGGAAGCAAUGCGAAAUUACCUUAAGGAGCGAGGCGAUCAAACAGUACUAAUACUCCAUGCAAAAGUUGCUCAGAAAUCAUAUGGAAACGAAAAAAGGUUCUUUUGUCCCCCUCCGUGUGUGUAUCUUAUGGGCAGUGGAUGGAAGAAAAAAAAAGAGCAAAUGGAACGGGAUGGUUGCACUGAGCAAGAGUCACAACCCUGCGCCUUCAUUGGAAUAGGAAACAGUGACCAAGAAAUGCAGCAGCUGAACUUGGAAGGAAAGAAUUAUUGCACUGCCAAAACGUUAUACAUAUCAGAUUCAGACAAGAGAAAGCACUUCAUGCUAUCAGUAAAAAUGUUCUAUGGCAAUAGUGAUGACAUCGGUGUGUUCCUCAGUAAACGAAUCAAAGUCAUCUCCAAGCCUUCUAAAAAGAAGCAGUCGCUGAAAAAUGCAGACUUAUGUAUUGCAUCAGGGACAAAAGUGGCACUAUUUAAUAGACUUCGAUCCCAAACAGUUAGCACCAGAUAUUUGCACGUAGAAGGCGGUAAUUUCCAUGCCAGUUCACAACAGUGGGGAGCAUUUUACAUUCACCUCUUGGAUGAUGAUGAAUCGGAAGGAGAAGAAUUCACGGUGAGAGAUGGCUACAUUCAUUAUGGGCAGACUGUCAAACUUGUAUGCUCCGUUACUGGCAUGGCACUCCCAAGACUGAUAAUUCGAAAAGUAGAUAAGCAAACAGCAUUAUUGGAUGCAGAUGAUCCAGUAUCACAGCUCCAUAAAUGUGCAUUUUACCUUAAAGACACUGAGAGAAUGUAUUUGUGCCUUUCCCAGGAGAGAAUAAUCCAAUUUCAAGCCACUCCAUGCCCAAAAGAACCAAAUAAAGAAAUGAUUAAUGAUGGAGCUUCUUGGACAAUCAUUAGCACAGAUAAAGCAGAGUACACAUUUUAUGAGGGGAUGGGACCUGUCCAUGCUCCAGUGACACCUGUGCCUGUUGUAGAAAGUCUUCAAUUGAAUGGCGGCGGGGAUGUAGCAAUGUUGGAACUUACAGGACAGAAUUUCACUCCAAAUUUACGUGUCUGGUUUGGGGAUGUGGAAGCUGAAACUAUGUACAGAUGUGCAGAGAGCAUGCUAUGUGUUGUUCCAGAUAUUUCUGCAUUUCGAGAGGGUUGGAGGUGGGUCCGUCAACCAGUCCAAGUUCCAGUAACUUUGGUCCGUAACGAUGGCAUAAUUUACUCCACCAGCCUUACCUUUACAUACACACCAGAACCAGGGCCACGACCACACUGCAGUGCUGCUGGAGCAAUCCUCAGAGCCAACUCAAGCCUCAUGGCUUCCAGUGAAACAAAUGCAAACAGCGAGGGAAGUUACACAAAUGUCAGCACAAAUCCAACCAACGUCACAUCAUCUACAGCAACUGUAGUUUCCUAACUACCGUUGUUUGUUUGGACUCUAACUGACUUUUAAGUGCUACGUUCAAGAGAACUGAACAAUUUUUGUGGUUUCAUGGGAAAACACCUUUCCAUUUUAGAUGAUGGUAUUUCGAACCUGGUUACCUGCAAGUGCUAAUCUUAAAUAUAGAAGCCACAAUAAAAAAAAAAAAAAAAAAAAA